AUGGCUGCUGAAAUUGUCGGCGACACAACGGCUCAGCCCGUAUUAAACCAAACAUGGCUUUCCACCACUUCACAGCUGCAGAGUGCCGUCCCCAACAUCCUCAAAGGCUGGUCGACUUGGCAGUAUGUCGUUACUAUUCUGCUCGGAGCCGUGUUGUAUGAUCAAGUCAUGUACCUCAAGCGUAAAGGUCCUAUCGCCGGGCCAACUUUCAAGAUUCCGAUCAUGGGUCCCUUCCUCCAGGCCAUCCACCCGAAGUUCGAUUCAUACCUGGCGCAAUGGGCGAGCGGGCCUCUGAGUUGUGUAUCUGUAUUUCACAAAUUCGUCGUUCUCGCUUCAGACCGAGACCUCGCCCACAAAGUCUUCAAGUCCCCCAAAUACGCCGAGCCGUGUCUCGUUCCUGUCGCCAGAGAUAUCAUCGGCCACAAAGCCUGGGUCUUCCUCCAAGGAAGAGAGCACGCCGAGUACCGAAGAGGCCUGGCCCCUUUGUUCACCAACAAGGCCAUGGAAACCUACCUUCCGAUCCAAGAGAAGGUGUUGGCUGAUUACUUCGACAAGUUCGUAGCCACCAGCGAGUCGACUGGGGGACGGCCAACGGAGUUCAUGGCUCUAUUCCGCGAGAUCAACUGCGCGAUAUCGUGUCGCACCUUCUUCGGCGACUACAUCUCCCAAGACGCCGUCAAGAAGAUCGCCGACGACUUCUACCUCGCCACCGCCGCCCUCGAGCUCGUCAACAUCCCCCUGUCAAUGUACAUCCCCUUCUCCAAGGUCUGGCGCGGAAAGCGGGUGGCCGACGCCGUACACGCCGAGUUCGCGAAGUGUGCGGAUGCGUGUAAGGCGAACAUGGCCAGCGGCGCCGAACCCAAGUCCGUCGUGGAUCACUGGGUUCUCCACAUGAUGGAAUCCGAGAGAUACAGGGAGAGAGUCGCGGCGGGUGAGACCGAUAUCGAGAAGCCGUCAAACAUGAUCCGCACGUUCACGAGCGACGAAAUCGGGCGGACCCUCUUCACUUUUCUCUUUGCUUCUCAAGACGCCUCCAGCAGCGCGACGACUUGGCUGUUCCAGAUUCUUGCACAGAGGCCUGACGUGCUGGACCGCUUGAGAGAAGAGAAUUUGGCUGCGCGCAACGGCGACAAGAACAAGCCCUUCGACCUCCCCAUGUUGGAGUCGCUCACGUACACGAACGCAGUCAUCAAGGAGCUCCUCCGCCACAGACCUCCUGUCAUCUUCGUUCCCUACCUCGCUACGAGCGACUUUCCAGUCACGCCGAACUACACCGUCCCCAAGGGUUCUAUGAUCAUUCCCUCAUGCUACCCGGCCUUGCACGACCCGGAGGUAUACCCGAACCCUGACCACUUUGACCCGGACCGCUGGAUCUCGGGUGAUGCGGAAUCUAAGACGAAGAAUUGGCUGGUGUUUGGUUCCGGGGCGCAUGAUUGUCUUGCAAGGAGAUAUGUGCCGCUGUCAAUGGCUGGCAUGAUUGGCAAGGCGGCUUUGGAGCUCGACUGGGUGCAUCAUGCUACUGAGAGAUCUGAAGAGAUCAGGGUGUUUGCGACCCUGUUUCCAAUGGAUGAAUGCCCACUUGUUUUCACCAAGCGGCCUUAA